UUCAAAGUCUCAAUUUCCACUCUUAGAAAUGUUGAAUGGCUAUAGAUGCUCAAGUUCCUUCUGGGUUUGUUCCUUGUCUUCGAUAUGAGAAAUAUGGAUUUGGGUUUUGGUUUUGGUUUAAUCAACUUGUUUCCUUACUUCUUCUUGUUUUGCGCAAUCGCCGGAAGCACUGAUAACGGCGGCACCGGAAAUAUGUCGACGGGUUUCCAACCAAGCCUCGCAGUCGUUAUGGGCGUCGUGGCUAUAAUGUUUGUUUUAACCUUUCUCCUUCUUGUUUACGCCAAGUAUUGUCACAGAACCCCAUCUGAGUUAACCACCGACGAUGCUGAUGAUCAACGUGGCUUAGGCUUUGGUUUUGGUUUAGGUUUGGGAGAACUCCGGGCGGCGACCUCUCGGCGUUUCUCUGGAAUCGACAAGACGGUGAUUGAGUCACUCCCUUUUUUCCGUUUUUCUUCUUUGAAAGGAACGAGAGAAGGUCUUGAAUGCGCCGUUUGCCUCUCUAAGUUUGAAGACAUCGAGAUCCUUAGAUUGGUGCCUAAGUGUAAACACGCUUUCCAUAUCGAAUGUGUUGAUCGGUGGCUCGAAAAUCACUCUAGCUGUCCCCUUUGUAGGCACAAAGUCGACCCUUCUGACUUCACCAUCUUCACCUAUUCUAAUAGUUUGAGAAUCUCUCGGAACCCUUCUGAUCUCACUGAUGAUCCUAAUCUCGAGCUCUUUGUUCGGAGAGAACAAGACAUUGGAUCAUCUUCUUCCAGGUUUAGAAUUGGAGGAAGCUUUCGAAAGCUAGGGGAAGAACUUCCAAUUCAAGAGGAACAAUCCGUGGCCAUCCAUGGCGAAGAUGAUGAUGAUGAUGAUGAUGAUGAUGGUGAUGGUGAUGAUCGUAAGUUGCUGCAUAAGUUCAAGCACAUGAUUAUAGUCUCAGACGUUGUAUGUAAGAACAGAUGGAGCGACGUGGAUUCUUCUGAUCUCAUGUUGUUGAAUUCGGAGAUGUUGAGAGAGAUGUCGAGCAGGAGAUUCGAUUCUUCUGCUUCAAGCAGUGAAAGAUUCACUUCUGCGAUGUCAUCAUCUGAUAAUGGGUUAAUUGAUCAACGAAUUAUAAAGAUUAAGGAAGAAAUGGAAAGGAAGAGGGUGUUCGAGAGUAAGUUCGGUAAGAUCACGACGAGCUACUCGUUUUCCAAUUCAAACUUCCCUUCUACUUCUACUUCUGCUUCUGCUUCUGCUUCUGCUUCGGGUUUUGCAUCCGAAGUGAACCCGGGUAAUCCACCGGGUCGAUUGGUUCCAUCAGGGGUAAGAUCCGUGUCAGAGACUAGCUUCGCGAGAUUCCCAGAUCAUAUUAAGAGGAACAGAAUUAAAGAAUCUUUCCAUCAUGGCGGAAAAGACGAGAAGGUAAGGAAGGUUUGGAUACCCAUUGCGAAACGAACGGUUCAAUGGUUUGCGGGUCGAGAGCAAAGGUCGAAGCAGCAGCAAUCUCAUUCUCAAUCUGAUCAGACAUCUAACGUUUAACAAUUGGACAAAAAAAAUGACGUUAUUUCAUUCGAUGCCACCGCCACCGCUGCUGCCAUGGCCACCGCUACAUGGGUGGACGGAACUUCAAGGCCUUGGAGACUGGCACAUACACACCCAGUGGAACGAUGAGGAAUGGAAUCCAAUAUGGGUGGGGGAAAAGGUUUCAUUUGUACAAUAUGUAUAUACUACAGAUGCAGUUUGGAAGGGGAGAAUUAGAAAGAGAGAGAAAGAGAAAGAGAAGAAUCCCUUUUUCGAUUUAUAUUCUUUUAAAAGCAUUUCUUAUUAUGGUGUCUUUGUGUUGUGAUAAGCUUUGCCUUCAAUUUAUGUUUC